CGCCUAGUGCUCGGAACAGUUGGUAUUCCUAUCUCGAGGUUCAAGUCGACGAGAGAGAUGGUACAAGCCUUGCGAGAUGCUAUUGAUGGGCACCGCAGAAUGUUCGAGGCCGGCAUCAUUCAUCGUGAUAUCAGUGAGGGCAAUAUCAUGAUCUCGAGAGGCCCUGGGUCGUCUUCUACGGGGUUCAUUCAGGACCUAGAC